AUGGGCCCGCCCAACAAGAAACGCAAGCUCGCCGUCACCGCGCCCGAAACAAUCGAAUUCAACUUUGCGGCGCGCGAAGAGUACUUGACCGGGUUUCACAAGCGCAAGCUCGAGCGAAAGAAACACGCCCAGGAGGAAAAUGCGAAGCGCGAGAAGGAGGAGAAGUUAAGGCUUAGGCGAGAACUCCGAGCCGAGCGCAAAGCCGAACUAGAAAAACACGUCGAAGAAGUAAACCGACUAGUCAAGCAAGCAAACGGCGACCUCAGCUCCGCCGACUCGGACUCGGACGACGACAACAAAGACGGCAACGAAGAAGAAUUCACAGGGUUCCAAGAACCAGAACCCAUCAACCAAGAAGACGAGUAUAUUGACGAAGAUAAAUACACAACCGUCACCAUGGAAUCCGUAAACAUAUCCAAGUCUGGCUUCUCGCGGCCAGGCGAAGACGACGAGCACGACGAGGAGGCCAAGAAGAAAGCACAAGAGGCCGCAGAUGCAGAGGCAAACAGCAGCAACAAGAAAAAGGUGUGGACGAAAGCGUGGCCAAAGAAUAGCGAUAAGCCCAAGAAGAAGAAGAAAAAGUUUAGGUACGAGACUAAGACGGAGAGAAAGGCGGAGCGCAUCAAGCAGGGUAUGAAGAAGAGGAAGCAAAAGGAGGCGAGGACCAACAAAAACUAG